AUGAUAACAAAUAUCACAAGCUUUGAACAAUCGAUUACUAAACAUACUUGUCUAGAAACUCCACAAGAACACAUGUUUACACUAUGCGACUGUGUUACUCUCGGGACAGGACAAGUAGAGCUAGUGGAACUAGACGGACCGUUCGUGAAAAUAAGUCUACGAGGCAAGUUUUGGCACACACGUUCAAUGGUUCUAGCUCGAAUUGGAAACUACUUGAAACAGAGGAUCCCUGAGAUUCUGGAAGUUGAGAUUGAAGAUGAGAAGCAACCUGACGAUAGUCCUGCAAAUUUCUAA